UAUUUAAGCCCUUUAUUUGCGGAAUCACCAUGGCGGCUGGGACCCUGUAUACGUAUCCUGAAAACUGGAGGGCCUUCAAGGCUCUCAUCGCUGCUCAGUACAGCGGGGCUCAGGUCCGCGUGCUCUCCGCACCCCCCCACUUCCAUUUUGGCCAAACCAACUGCACCCCUGAAUUUCUCCGCAAAUUUCCUGCCGGCAAGGUUCCGGCAUGGGGUGACGAUGGAUUCUGUGUGUUUGAGAGCAACGCCAUUGCCUACUAUGUGAGCAACGAGGAGCUGCGGGGAAGUACUCCAGAGGCAGCAGCCCAGGUGGUGCAGUGGGUGAGCUUUGCUGAUUCCGAUACAGUGCCCCCAGCCACUACCUGGAUAUUCCCCACCUUGGGCAUCAUGCACCACAACAAACAGGCCACUGAGAAUGCAAAGGAGGAAGUGAGGCGAAUUCUGGGGCUGCUGGAUGCUCACUUGAAGACGAGGACUUUUCUGGUGGGCGAACAAGUGACAUUGGCUGACAUCACAGUUGUCUGCACCCUGUUACGGCUCUAUAAGCAGGUCCUAGAGCCUUCUUUCCGCCAGGCCUUUCCCAAUACCAACCGCUGGUUCCUCACCUGCAUUAAUCAGCCCCAGUUCCGGGCUGUCUUGGGGGAAGUGAAGCUGUGUGAGAAGAUGGCCCAGUUUGAUGCUAAAAAGUUUGCAGAGACCCAGCCUAAAAAAGAUACACCACGGAAAGAGAAGGGUUCACGGGAAGAGAAGCAGAAGCCCCAGGCUGAGCGGAAGGAGGAGAAAAAGGCAGCUGCCCCUGCUCCUGAGGAGGAGAUGGAUGAAUGUGAGCAGGCGCUGGCUGCUGAGCCCAAGGCCAAGGACCCCUUCGCUCACUUGCCCAAGAGUACCUUUGUGUUGGAUGAAUUUAAGCGCAAGUACUCCAAUGAGGACACACUCUCUGUGGCACUGCCAUAUUUCUGGGAACACUUUGAUAAGGACGGCUGGUCCCUGUGGUACUCAGAGUAUCGCUUCCCUGAAGAACUCACUCAGACCUUCAUGAGCUGCAAUCUCAUCACUGGAAUGUUCCAGCGACUGGACAAGCUGAGGAAGAAUGCCUUCGCCAGUGUCAUCCUCUUUGGAACCAACAAUAGCAGCUCCAUUUCUGGAGUCUGGGUCUUCCAAGGCCAGGAGCUUGCCUUUCCGCUGAGUCCAGAUUGGCAGGUGGACUACGAGUCAUACACAUGGCGGAAACUGGAUCCUGGCAGCGAGGAGACCCAGACGCUGGUUCCAGAGUACUUUUCCUGGGAGGGGGCCUUCCAGCAUGUGGGCAAAACCUUCAAUCAGGGCAAGAUCUUCAAGUGAACAUCUCUUGCCAUUGCCUAGCUGCCUGCACCUGCCCUUCAGGGAGAUGGGGGUCAUUAAAGGAAACUGAACAUUGAAAAAAAAAAAAAAA